GCAAGACACAAGAGCCAACAGACAGACAGACAGACAGACAGACGGAGCAGAAGACUCAGAGCAGGCUGAUGGAGAACUACACCUACAACAGCUUCACCCUGCAGCUGGAGGGGCUGAAUGUCUCCAAGGACUCUGUCUACCCCGUCUUUCUCUUCUUCUUUUUCUCCUACAUUUUCAUCAUAGUCAUGAAUGCAGGUAUUGCACUACUGGUUUUCACGGACAAGAGCCUCCACCAGCCCAUGUACCUGCUGUUCUGCAACCUGCCAGUUAACGACAUCCUGGGGAACUCCAUCAUGGUGCCUCGUCUGCUGUCAGACAUGCUGCUGCUGCGCUCAGAGCCCCUCAUCAGUUAUUACGAGUGUGUGGUCCAAGCCUUCACCACACACAUGUUUGGGACCGCUGCUCACACUGUGCUCAUGAUCAUGGCGUUUGACAGAUACGUGGCCAUCUGUAACCCCCUGCGCUACGCCGCCAUAAUGACCAACAGGAUGGUGAUAAAGCUGACGGUGUCUGCCUGGGGAGUGGCUUUGGUUUUGGUGGGGAUUCUGCUGGGUCUGACCGUACGGCUGAACCGAUGCAGGACUCUGAUCACAAACCCUUACUGUGACAACGCCUCUUUAUUCAAACUCUCCUGUGAGAGCGUGUUCAUCAAUAAUGUCUACGGCCUCACCUUCACUGUCGUCUUGUUCACAGCUUCCAUCGGCAGCAUGGUUCUCACCUACACUAAGAUCACAGUCGUCUGUCUGAUGAGUAAGAACAAGUCUCUGAACAGUAAAGCUUUAAAGACCUGCAGCACUCAUCUGGUGGUGUAUCUCAUCAUGCUGAUCAGUGGGUAUAUUGUCAUCAUCCUGCACCGCUUCCCUCAGUACUCAGACUACAGAAAACUUUCUGCCAUUUUGUUCCACAUCAUCCCUGGAAGCCUCAACCCCAUCAUCUACGGCGUGCAGUCUGCAGAAAUCUGCAAAUCCCUGUCCAGGUUAUUCCGAUCCAAACCGGUCAUGCCGUUAUUCUGAGAA